AGAGUAAUGAAGAGAAACUAAGAAAAAUUCUGUUUCAUUGUGGUUUGUGAUUGUGGGCAAACUUGAGAAAGAGAGAUGGAAGAUCCAGCUGUUGAAGUAGCCACGAGAUGGAUAAAAGGCCUGGCAGAUGGAACUAUUGGUCGUGAGUUUGAGGCUUCAACCACAAAGGGUAUCCGGGUAGUGAAGGCUCAUAAAGGUUUCCUCCUCUGUGACUUCAUUGUACACAAUGACCUGUCGGAUGAGAAUGGAAAUUGGCAUGUGGGUGCGAUAGCAACAUUAGUUGACAUCAUUGGCAGUUGUGUCUCCUACUCCUUUACUUCAUGUUUCAAUGUCACUCUUGAUUUCACCGUGUCAUACUACUCAACGGCUAAGGUUCAGGAAGAGGUUGAACUUGAGGCAAAGGUUAUAGCAGAGAAGGAUCAGUUGACUUCUGUGAUUGUGGAAGUUAGGAAAAAGGAGAAUGGAGAAUUGGUUGCUCUGGGAAAGUUGUGGAUUGCAGAGGCUAGAAGGAAUCCAAGACGCCAAUCGAGUAAACUAUGA